AUGACUUCUCUACAUCCUGACCCCGUUUCCACCAACCUGCAAGAGGCAAAGUUCAAGUCUCCUCUUGAUCCCGAGAAAGGGGUUUCGUCGGAUUCCAACAAUGGCUCUGAAGUCGACCGAGACAGUCGCGCCCAACAUGGAGCGAAAGAGUCAGCAUACAAGGGUCUCGGAUGGUUGAACCGCCUGCUGGCACUCUGGAUCCUCCUAGCCAUCAUUAUCGGGAUCCUGAUAGGGAAUUAUGUGGACGGCGCUGAAGAAGCUCUGCAAGAAGGAAAAUUCGUUCAAGUUUCGGUACCGAUUGCUGUUGGGCUGCUCGUCAUGAUGUAUCCCAUCUUAUGCAAAGUGCAAUACGAGACUCUGCAUCUCGUAUUCUCGAAGCGCGCGGUGUGGGUGCAGCUAGGCUUCAGCAUCCUGAUGAAUUGGCUCAUUGCGCCUUUCUUGAUGCUCGCCCUUUCCUGKGCUUUUCUGCCAGAUGAACCAGGUCUGCGCGAAGGUCUUAUCCUCGUUGGACUGGCGCGUUGUAUUGCUAUGGUUCUUAUUUGGACUGGUCUCGCGGGCGCAGACGAAGAGUAUUGCGCGAUUCUGGUUGCUGUCAACUCGAUCCUCCAAAUGGUGUUGACGGCGCCAUUGGCCAUCUUCUUCUUAAGAGUCAUCUCAGGGUCAACUACCACCAUCCAGAUUGAGUACAGCAUAGUCGCAACGAGCGUCGGUGUAUUUCUGGGGAUUCCACUCGGAGCUGCGAUUGCCACGCGCUUUGCCAUUCGCGCAAUCAGCACACGAUGGUAUCAAGAUGUCUUCCUCAAGUGGAUUGCGCCUUGGUCGCUCAUUGGCCUCUUGUACACCAUUCUGGUACUCUUUGCAUCGCAGGGUCGCAACGUCGUUCACCAGAUUGUGUCGGUCGUCCGCGUUGCCGCACCCCUGAUUGUAUACUUUUUCGCCAUCUUCGCCUUCACGAUGGUCGUGACGCACAAGCUUGGCUUCGGAUACAAGCUGGCGGCGACCCAGAGCUUUACUGCUGCAAGCAACAAUUUCGAGUUGGCAAUUGCUGUUGCUGUGGCCACGUAUGGUCCCAGCUCCGAUCAAGCACUGGCGACUACGGUCGGGCCGCUUGUUGAAGUGCCGGUGCUGCUGGCUUUGGUGUAUAUAGUUAAAUGGGUAGCAAGGCGGAGAGAAUGGAAAGAUUAA